UCAGAGGGUACCCACAGAGGGUACCCUGGAGAGCCUAGAGUUUCAAGAUGCAUGAACUUUCUGCAAUUGUAUUUAAAUGCAUGUUUGUGCGUGUAUCUAAGCACUAUGAAAUAAUAUGUCAUCUCUAGUCCAACUCAAAUGUUGAUGUUGGUUAACCUCCUUCUCUUCACAUUGCAAAAUCCUUUGUAAUACACUCCUAAUCCAGCUUCUCCUCUUAACAGUCUACAGGUUAUCAGGAUAGAAAAGGAGAUGGUAUAUACAAAUGUGACUUCUAUUUUAACUUAAAGAGAUCAUCUUCAGAUAGCAACGAAAAUGAAAUAAAGUCAAAUGAAGAGCCACUUCUAAGAAAGAGUUCUCGCCGGUUUGUCAUCUUCCCAAUCCAGUAUCCCGAUAUUUGGAAAAUGUAUAAACAGGCACAGGCUUCCUUCUGGACAGCAGAAGAGGUCGACUUAUCAAAGGAUCUGCCUCACUGGAACAAGCUUAAAGCAGAUGAGAAGUAUUUCAUCUCUCACAUUUUAGCCUUUUUUGCAGCCAGUGAUGGAAUUGUAAAUGAAAAUUUGGUGGAGCGCUUUAGUCAGGAGGUGCAGGUUCCAGAGGCUCGCUGUUUCUAUGGCUUUCAAAUUCUCAUCGAGAAUGUUCAUUCAGAGAUGUACAGUUUGCUAAUAGACACUUACAUCAGAGAUCCCAAGAAAAGGGAAUUUUUAUUUAAUGCCAUUGAAACCAUGCCAUAUGUUAAGAAAAAAGCAGAUUGGGCCUUGCGAUGGAUAGCAGAUAGAAAAUCUACUUUUGGGGAAAGAGUGGUGGCCUUCGCUGCUGUAGAAGGAGUUUUCUUCUCAGGAUCUUUUGCUGCUAUAUUCUGGCUAAAGAAGAGAGGUCUUAUGCCAGGACUCACUUUUUCCAAUGAACUCAUCAGCAGAGAUGAAGGACUUCACUGUGAUUUUGCAUGCCUGAUGUUUCAAUACUUAGUAAAUAAACCUUCAGAAGAAAGGGUCAGAGAGAUCAUUGUUGAUGCUGUCAAAAUUGAGCAGGAGUUUUUAACAGAAGCCUUGCCAGUUGGCCUCAUUGGUAUGAAUUGCAUUUUGAUGAAACAGUACAUUGAGUUUGUAGCUGACAGAUUACUUGUGGAACUUGGAUUUUCAAAGUUUUUUCAGGCAGAAAAUCCUUUUGAUUUUAUGGAAAACAUUUCUUUAGAAGGAAAAACAAAUUUCUUUGAGAAACGAGUCUCAGAGUAUCAGCGUUUUGCAGUUAUGGCAGAAACCACAGACAACGUCUUCACCUUGGAUGCAGAUUUUUAAAAACCUCUUGUUUUAAAAUUGUAUAAACUUGUCAUUGAUAAAUAGUAGUCUACUUUCCUCUGCUUUAAAAAAAAAAACCUUAAAAGUAUAUUCUUUAAAGAACUGGGGAUUUGCUCUAAAGGAAAUCCAAAACCUAUUCCAAACAGUUUGCAUUUAUAUAAUUUUCCUGUUUAACAAGAAUGUGACCUAAAUGCUUUUGUCUUGUCACUGAAAUAUAAAAUGGCAUUAUGUAGUUAAGAGUGUGGGUGAGGGGCCAGACAUGAGUUUAAGGUUCUGUCGUUAACUCUAGUGUGUGAUCCUUGGCAGGUCAGUUAAUCUUGGUAAACCUCAGUGUACUUGACUUUAAAAUGGGAGUAAUAGUGGGUCCUAAAUUCAUAGAGUGGAUAUGAGGAUUAGGAUACAAAACUAAAUGCUUAACCAACACUACUACUGUUACACCACUACUGAUUAUCAUGUUGCUGAUAAUAUUAAUUGCAGUGAUGUUGUAAUAAAAUACUCUCAUUUCCUUAAAGUAAUUGUGAUUCUAGGUCCUAGGAUCUAGAAUUAGAUCUUUGUAUUUUUAAUGCUUAGGGGAAAGAACAUAAGUAUCUCCUUAAAAAGAACAUAAUUCUCGUUAACACAAGAAUAGGUUCUUUGAAUUCCUCAGUAUGUAGUAAAGAAAAUUUAGUUCUUAGUUGCUUUGGGAAGCCUACUAUGGAGUAGAAACCAGGAGGUUAUCCUGGUGGUUGACUUUGUAAGCAAAAUGAUUCUUCUUCAGAAAUUAAAAAUAUAACUAUUGCCAGAUUUAGCCCUGGAAUGUUCAGAAUCAGGUUAGAGUAGCAUGUUCCAAAGAAUAUUAUAGGAGCUGUUAGCCCCUCUAGAUAUUUUGUGGGG